AUGCGCCCCGAGGAGGGCGGCGCGGCCGGGCUUGGCGAGCUGCGCUCGUGGUGGGAAGUGCCGGCCAUCGCGCACUUCUGCUCGCUCUUCCGCACGGCGUUCCGCCUGCCGGACUUCGAGAUCGAGGAGUUAGAAGCAGCUCUCCACAGAGAUGACGUGGAGUUCAUCAGCGACCUGAUCGCCCGCCUGCUCCAGGGCUGCUAUCAGCGAAGGGACAUCACGCCUCAGACCUUCCACAGCUACCUGGAGGACAUCAUCAACUACCGCUGGGAGCUGGAGGAGGGGAAGCCCAACCCUCUGCGGGAGGCCAGCUUCCAGGACCUUCCCCUGCGCACCCGAGUGGAGAUUCUCCACCGCCUCUGUGACUACCGGCUGGACGCUGACGACGUCUUUGACCUCCUCAAGGGCCUGGACGCAGACAGUCUCCGUGUGGAGCCACUGGGCGAGGACAGCUCAGGGGCCCUUUACUGGUAUUUCUACGGAACGCGAAUGUACAAGGAGGACCCGGCACAAGGAGGGUCCCAUGGAGAGCUCUCCCUGAACAGGGAAAGUGAAGGACAAAAAAAUGUCUCAAAUGUUCCUGGGAAAACAGGUAAAAGAAGAGGAAGACCCCCAAAACGGAAAAAACUACAGGAGGAAACUUUCAUGAGUGACAAGCAGGAAGAAAACUCCUCAGCGUCUGAGCUGCAGACGAGAAACGGGUCCCAGGGACCAGGGCAGGGCUCCUGGUGGCUCCUGUGCCAGACUGAGCAAGAGUGGAGACAGGUCACUGAGAGCUUCCGGGAGAGGACCUCUGUGCGAGAGCGCCAGCUCUACAAACUGCUCAGCGAGGACUUCCUGCCCGAGAUCUGCAGCAUGAUCGCCCAGAAGGAGACCCCUGUGCUCAGCAGGCUAGAGAAACAGAAGCGCCGGGAGGAGGAGGAGGAGCGCCAGAUCCUUCUCGCGGUGCAGAAGAAGGAGCAGGAGCAGCUGCUGAAGGAGGAGAGGAAGCGGGAGCUGGAGGAGAGGGUCAAGGCCGUGGAAGAUCGAGCCAAGAGGCGCCGGCUCAGGGAGGAGCGGGCCUGGCUGCUGGCCCAGGGGAAGGCGCUGCCCCCCCAGCUGUCCCACCUGGACCCCCAGUCCCCACCGCGGGCCGAGAAGAGGACGAGAGACCCCUUCGAGCUAGAUGAUGACUUCACCGCCAUGUACAAAGUUCUGGACGUGGUGAAGGCACACAAGGAUUCCUGGCCCUUUUUGGAACCAGUGGAUGAAUCGUAUGCCCCUAACUACUACCAGAUCAUUAAGGUACCCAUGGAUAUUUCAAGCAUGGAGAAGAAACUGAAUGGAGGUUUAUACUGUACCAAGGAGGAGUUUGUGAACGACAUGAAGACUAUGUUCAGGAACUGUCGAAAGUACAAUGGGGAAAGCAGCGAGUACACCAAGAUGUCGGACAACCUGGAAAGGUGCUUCCACCGGGCGAUGCUGAAGCAUUUUCCUGGGGAGGACGGGGACACAGACGAGGAGCCGUGGAUGCGGGAGGAGGAGAGGCGGGAGAAGAGGCGGGGGCGGGGCGCGCGCAGUCACGUGUGCACGCGCUCCCGGGACUCGGAGGCACCAGGCCGGAGGCAGCCCGCGGAGAAUGGAGGGAAGUCGCUGCCCCUGGGCCGCCGCACCACUGCUUCUGGGGCUGGUCAGAGCAGCUCCGUGCAGCCCCCUGGCCAGGUGGGUGCCUCGAAUGGCAGCUGCCUCUCUGGGCCCCUAGCCUGGUCUUCAGGACCUGAAGCAUGUACUCUCUCCUCCUCCUCCCUGCUUCUGCCCCAUGCCCUCCAGAGGCCAGCAGGACAGGGAGCAUUUUGUCCUCUCCGAGGGUCGGAUCCUGCUGAAGUCAGCGUCUCCCCUGGAGCCCCGGGGCCACCUGUCCGUGGACCUGGCCCCCAGCCCCCGCCUCUGGCUGUACAGCCUCCAGCUGGAAUUAAUCACCAUCGAGGCCCCGGGUGUGGCCCCCCUGAUGAGAAGCUGGCAUGCGGAGGGCUGGCCCCCCUUGCUGACAUGGGCUCUCGACCUGGACCCUUGCCACUUGGCCAAAUGAGUGGCCCCAGCCAGGAUGGGCGCGUGUAUCCUCCCGCUCAUUUCCAGCCAGGGCUCCUUCCUCCCAGGCAUGGGGGUGCUCCAGCCAGACCCCCAGACUUCUCCGAGAGCCCAGAAGUCCCUCCUGGCCAUAUGUACCGACCCUACAAGUACCUGAGCCGAGUGCACUCUGCGGUCUGGAACGGGAGCCACGGUGCUGCAAACCCCGGACCCUUGGGGCCAGAUGAGAAGCCCCCUGUGGGGCCAGGACCUUCUCACCAGCCCCGCCCUUUGGGUCACAUGAUGGAUUCCCGAGUGAUGAGACCUCCCCUCCCCCCAAACCAGUGGACAGAACAAUCCGGCUUCCUACCUCACAGCGUUCCUCCUUCAGGGUACCUGCACCCGCCGUGUAAACCUGGCGGACAGCGGCUCCAGCCCCCUGCAGCCCCAGCACUGGGUUCUCUGUUUGGAGCACCGGCCCCAGCCCUGCGGGGUGUGCAGGGUGGGGAUUCCAUGCUGGACAGCCCUGAGAUGCUGGCCAUGCAGCAGCUCUCCUCCCGCGGGUGCCCGCCAGGCGUGCCUUAUCGCCCCCGCCAGCCUGCACCCCCCUGCCUGCCUGGCCCUUUCCCACCCAUGGGCCUGGCGGCCCCCAAACCUGCCUCGGGGGACCCUGGGAGGACACAGGACAGCAGUGAUGUGCAGGAGCCUGAGAACGGCCAAGUGGAUCCCUUGCCCAGGCUCGAGGAGAGACCAGCGAGUGUCGGUGCUUCAGAGGGGGCGUUCCUCAAGCAGCUACCUCACCCUGCGCCCCCUCUGCAGGCCGACUUUGCCAGGCGGAGCUCACCCCAAGGAAGGGGCCCAGAGGGCCCGGAGCUCAGGCCGGAGUCCUCGGAACCUGGGGAUGGCUGCCCAGCGAGCACGGUCAGGUCUGCCUGGCUCUCAGGGAGUGGCUUCGCCAGCCCACCCACCCAGGCGUGCACCCUGGCAGACCUGGGGCCACUGCCUGAAAACGGACUGCGGGUGGAAGCCUCCCCGUGUGGGUCCGAGGGCAAGGGCAGGGCGCCACCUGAAGCUGGGCCCCCUGCAGAGCCUGCAUGCUCCCCUCUGUACGCACCUGGCUUGGAGUUCCCCAGCUCCGCCACACGGUACCAUGUAGGCCCAGGCCUGCAGGCUGUGGGUCCUGUGAUGGGGGGCAAGCCUCCAGCCCCGCACCCUCCUCCCUUUCCCCCUCGGGCAUUUCAGUCUCAUGACCCUCAUUCUGGAGUCUUCCCUCGGUACCGCCCCCACCAGGGCAUGCGGUAUCCCUACCAGCCACCACCGCAGCCUUCCUACCACCACUACCCACGGACUCCUUACUACUCGUGUCCACAGACCUUCUCAGACUGGCCGAGACACCUCGCAGCUCCCGUAAGCCCAAGCGGGCCCCCACCAGCUCAGCCCGCCCCUGCCAGGCCCCUCUUCCCCGACAAGAGCGCUGUGACCGGGCUGCAGGGCUGUGAGGCCCUAAGUGCUGCCUUAACGCCCCCCACACGGGUGGACGCGGUGGAGGCCCUGAGCGCUGCCUUAACUUCGCCCACACGGGUGGACGCCGUGGCUGCCAAGACGGCUGAGGGGCAGAACCCCGGCGCCGAGGGCAAGCAGGAUGAGUCUGUGGAGCAGCCAGAGAGCCCCAAAGAGUUCCUGGACCUAGAUAACCACAACGCGGCUGCCAGGCGGCAAGGCUCCCUGUCGGCCAGCGAGUGUCUCUACGGCACGCCCCCGGCCCCGCUCGGCCCGGGCAUGGCCUUCGGUUCACCUGCCUUCCCCCCACACACAGUGAUGCUGCACGCCGGACCGCCUUAUCCCCCGCAGCGGCCGGCCACGCAUUUCCAGCCCAGGGCUUAUGCCUCCCCCUCGGCUACUCACCCACCUCACCGCCCAGUGGCGGCCCAACCCAACGGCCUGUCCCCCGAGUGCCCCCUCUACCGCCUCCCUGAGGAGGGCCUGGGCCACUUCCAGGCCGUGAUGAUGGAGCAGAUGGGCCCCGGAAAUGGGGUGAGGGCGUCCUUCCAGGAGAUGUACAGACCGUCUGGACUGCAGGGGCCCUCGGUCCAGUCCCGCCCCUCGUUCCCAAAGACACCGGCGCCAGCGGCAUCGCAGGAGGAGCUGCCCCCCCAGAAGCCCCCAACACUUCCCCUCGAUCAGAGCUAG